AUGUGGGCGCGGGCCGUGCGUCUUCGGGCUGCGGCGCGCGGGCGCCGGGGCUUCACCUCCAAGGCGGAUUCUCAGGGAAGUGGCCGGGUCACGGGCGAGCUGAUCCAGCACCUGGAGCGGUUAUCGCUGGUGGACUUCGGCAGCCAGGAGGCCGUGGCCCGGCUGGAGAAAGCCAUCGCCUUCGCCGACCGACUCCGCGCAGUGAACACCGACGGAGUGGAGCCCAUGGAAUCAGUCCUGGAGGACAGAUGUCUGUACUUGAGAUCUGACAAUGUGGUAGAAGGCAGCUGUGCUGAAGAACUACUGCAAAACUCCCACCGAGUUGUGGAGGAGUAUUUUGUGGCCCCGCCAGGUAAUAUCUCAUGGUCAAAGCUGGAUGAAAAACAGCCCUUCUCACAUCACUGA